AAAAAGAUGCCCAUUUUACAGAUGAGGAAACUGAGGCCGGGGAGGGAUUCCGAUGUUAGACCUCUACAAGAGGCACUAGAACAUCAUGGCUGCAGAGUGAGUUCGUUUGGGUAAGUUCAAAGCCAGUCUGCCCCUUGCCAGCUGAGGGACGUGGAACAAAUUAUCUGUAUGCUCCAGUUUCCUCAUCUGUAAAAUGGGAAUAUCAUAAAGAUUAAAUGAGAUCACACACAUGGAACACUUAGCAGAGGGCUUGUCUCAUCGUAAGGAGCUCUAGAAACAUUAGCUAUGAUUCUAUGAUCAUUUCUAUCCCGCUUGCUGUCUAUACCUUCGACUCCCAUCCGAGCCAAAUAGAAAUUAUUAUUAAUUUCUUUACCAGUGGAUUAUUAACACUUAGGUUCCCAUCAGGGUACAAAAAAAAAAAAAACCAAAAAAACCCUCAAAGCCUAUUUCACCCGCUUUGAGCUACCUUGCUCGAGCGUGGUUAUCACCGCCAGUGAUUACUGCCAGUUUCAAGGCUACAAGGUAGACUCAGGGCUUCUCAAAGUGUGAUCGUGGGAAUGCUGGCAUCGGAAUGAUCAUGAAUGAUACAUUUCUAUUUUGUGGAAUGAGAAUCAGACUCUCUGAGGGCGAGGCGUGGGAGUCUGCGUGGGGUCCGGCUGCCCAGAGGAGUCUGAUGCACCCCAAAACUUGAGGGCCGCUGGGCUGGGGGCUGUGAGCAUCUUUUCUGUUUGCCUUUUGUCCAGGUUUCUGGGUUGUUUACUGCACACUGAGGUUGAUUUUUCUCCUUCCUAAGCAAAUAUCUAUGUCCUUCUGCGAGCCUGCUUGUCCUGUGUCAGCAGUCGAGGCCAGGAGGCCUGGUGCAGAAGUGAAACUUUAUCUUGUAGCACCACAGAAAGUCAGAGCGUGUCAGCCGUCACCCAGUGUGUGGGCUUUGGAAUUAUUUUAAGAAACAGAGCUCUUUCCUCCAAUGCUAAUACGGGGAGGACGGCAAUUGGAAAACAGAUACAAGGCAUGCUGUUCUAGUUGAAACCGAGGUGGAGGACUCCAGGCUGCCCUUCACGGAACCUCACUCUUAGAGCUCCGCGGGGCAGGUGGAAAAUGGCAAAUCUCCUCCAGACUGAUAAGGGACCAAAAUUCUAGAGCUUUGUGGAAUUUGCUGCGUGAGUUGAGGCAAGGUGUGGCCUUGCCUCCGUGGCCAUAUGGUCUCAUUUGUGAGCAAGGUCUCAUUUGAGGUUGUAUUAGGAUAGCAGCUGCAGUAUCAGAAAGCCCCAAACAUGUAUAACGGCUGAAACAAAACAGACAUUUAGGAGAAGGCAGGUGUUUCCGCAUGGGGGGGAGGUCCUCUUCCACGCGUGUCCCCACUGUCCCCUUGGACAUCACCCCUGAUGAAAGAAAGCGUGGAGGUGUGGCACAUUUGUUUCUUCACCGCCUUCUGCCGCAUGGGAGAACUAGUCACGCGACCAGUUUAGGCGCAAAGGAGGCUGGGAAAUGGAGUUCUUGGCAGGAUGGCUCUUUCCCAGUGUCCGCUAUAUGCUGUGGAAGGAGAGAAUGGAUUCUUGUGGACAUCUCGUUGUCUCUGCCACAAAUACGGUAUCCUUUUGGGUCUCUCCCAUUCUCUUGAUUUGAAGUCUAAAUUUUCAUGAACAUGGUGUUAACAGGGUGAUGUUAGAUCCACAAACACGUUCCUAUCCUCAAGAGAAUCCCCGUCAGAUAUACUGGGUGAAUGCCCAUGCUCCAGACCCGUCAACGUGGGUUUCCCUGGAACUUAGGCAACUGCUAAUCUCCUUCCCUCCUGGAACAAGCAUAACAAUUUUAUUGAGCAUAGCACCCUUUCUGAGCUCACAGCUAUCAUGUCCAGUAUCACCCUACAGCCCUACCUGGAAAGGCUCUGUGAUUGUCAUCCCCAUUUCAUAGAUGAAGAGAGUGAGGAUCAGAGAUGUAAAGGGACUUGCCCAGCAUCACGUACCUCAUAAGCAAAAGAGAUGGGGUUUGAACUCAGAAAAAUCCUAGUCCUGUCCUAGGGUGGCAUGGCAUGUUGGAUGUGCGUGUGUGAGCCCAUCUGUGUGCAUGUGUGUGCGUGCGUGUGUGUGCCUGGGUGUAGUUAGGGUAGGGGGUUUCCUUGGGCUGUAUUCGCCCAGGGCCGGGCGUGUGGAAGUGGAAAUACAGGGAUCAUUGUCCACAUCCCUAGCAUGGGCCGUGCUUGCUGGUCGAAAGGCAGCUGGGUGGUUGUCCUGGCCUGCGGGAGCUCAGUGUAUCUAACCAGAAAAAAGGGAAGGGGAGUAGGACCUGGGCUCCCGGUUCUCAGUCCAGAACUCCUCCAUGUUCCCCUGGCUGAGGCAGAGGCCCUGGGCCAAGGUCUGGGAUGCAGGGAAGGCGCCCUCUAUGUUGGCAGUCACUUUGUGCCGCCUGUGGACAUCAGGACAGACAGGCUGGUCUCAGGCAAAAUGAGGAAACCCGUGAAUUUACUUCUCUUUUGAAACUUCUGUUGGCACAACAGCAUCGAGAAAGUAGAAUUUCUUGCCCUGCUGGGUGGAAUGGAGAGGCGGUAAUUUUACCUGGUGCUGUCCAAGAAGGAAAGAACACGUGGUCCCAGACUUCACAGCCGCUCGCUCUAGUGUUUAGAGCCCAUCUCUGCCCCCUAACGUCCUGUCCCCUCAGUGUCUUCCUCUGUAAGGUGGGUGUUCUCUUAACGCCUCCUUCACGGCAUCAUCAGGGGAUGGUGUGAGUUAAUAGACAUAAAGCACAGCAUAGCACAUGGUCAGCUCAAUGAAGACAUUUCUAUUUCUAUUCUUAGGAGAGCAGGCAUGGAAAUUUGCCUUUGCACGUCUGGGUCCCCAUGGGAGUCUGGCACCUCGUGAUCUUGGGUCCCAGGGGGGAGAAGAUCAUUUUGGCGCGUCUCCAGGCUUCAUGCUUCUCCCCGUGGAGAAGUCCCAGGCUGGAGGGGUGGGGGAGGCUCAGGCCUUGUUCCAGCCCCUGUGGCCACUCUGCAAGCUUGGAAGUACCAGCAGCUGACUCAGCAGGGGGGUCAGCGGCAACGCAGGCAGCGUGUCGGAAUCGGUUCUGCUUUCUUGAAGUUCAUGACUGGGAUCCUGGGAUCCCAGCCCUGAGGACAGCUCUUAUGCAAGGAGAUGGUUGGGUAGGGCAGUUGGGGCAGGAGACCACGGCUAGCAUGUUCAGGUUUUCCUUCUGGGAGCUGGGGCUGGAAGACAAGAGAGCUGGGUUUGGCACCAGCCACCUGGGUGAGCUCAGGUCAGCCCAUACCUCUGGAGCCUCCCUUGCUUCCUGUCUCAGCAUUGUGGGGAGCACGUCUUUGCGGCGCUCAGGAAAUGAUCAGGGGCGGCGAUAAAGGGCAGGGGGACCUUCAACACUCACCCAUCCCUUGUUACCUGGAUUUGUUUGAAUGGUGGUCAGAAUCUGCGGGUUCUUAAGUAUGAGAGGAAGAGCCCAGAGAGCCAGUAUAGGAGUUUGCCUUUGCUGCUGGAACAAUGACCACAUGCUUAGGGGCUUAAAGCCACGCAUGCCUUUCUGGAGGUCUGAAGUCCCGGACAGGUUGCACUGGGCUAGAAGCAAGGUGUUGGCAGGACCGGACUCCUUUCAGAGGCUCCAGGGGAGACCCCACCCCCUCACAUUUUCCAGCUUCGAGAGGCUAUUGGCUUAGCUGGAUCCACGGUCCCUCUCCAUCUCCAAGGCCAGCAGCAGUGGGUGGAGUCCUUCUCACAUGGGAUUGCUCUGACUUUCCCGGCCCCCUCUUUCAUUGACAAGGACCCAUGUGAGGACACUGGACCCACCCUGGAUAAUCUGGGAUAAUCUCCUGCAUCUCAAGACCCUUGACUCACUCCCAGCUCCAAAGUCCCUUUUGCCAUGUCGGGUAACAUGGUCUCAGGUUUUGGGGUUAGGACGUGGGCAUCUUCGGCGGAGGGAGGCAUUAUUCUGCCCACCACAGUGGGGGACAUCUCAGAACACUGAUCUGUGUCUAUUUCCUGAAUUUGGAAAUUGAAAGCUCAGAUGGCCACUGUUGUAGUUACAGCAGCUGGCUCAGCAGGACGAACAGAUGUGGGUGUGAACCGCCCGUGAGGCUAUGCUGGGGUGGAUGUGUGAUCACCAAGCCUGCCGGAGGCCCUAGGCUUUGGCGUCAUUCAGACUGGAUUCAAAUUCCUUCUGCGCUACCUGCAAACCCUGUGGCUCUGAGCAAGUGUUUCUAGCUGUGCCCAGGGGCUGGCUGGCCAAGGACCCCCAUCGGAGAGCCUCGGACACCUUAACAGCGAACGAGAAUGGGGGACGAGGAUUACAACGCCUCCGUCGCCUACGAUGACUACCCGGAUGAUUUCGACCCCAUCGUGGUUUUGGAGGGGUCUUCUCCGCUGGAGGGCAAGGUGGUCAGGGUCUUCCUGGUGGUGGUGUACAGCUUCGUCUGCCUCCUCGGGAUCCUGGGCAACGGGCUGGUGAUCGUCAUCACCACCUUCAAGAUGAAGAGGACGGUGAACACCGUCUGGUUCCUCAACCUGGCCGUGGCGGACUUCCUGUUCAACGUCUUCCUCCCGAUCCACAUCGCCUACGUCGCCAUGGACUACCACUGGGUGUUCGGGACGGCCAUGUGCAAGAUCAGCAGCUUCCUGCUCGUCCACAACAUGUACACCAGCGUCUUCCUGCUGACCGUCAUCAGCUGCGACCGCUGCGUCUCCGUGCUCCUCCCCGUCUGGUCGCAGAACCACCGCAGCGUGCGGCUGGCCUACACGGCCUGCGUGGUUAUCUGGGUGCUGGCUUUCUUCCUGAGCUCUCCGUCCCUGGUCUUCCGGGACACGGCGCGCGCGCACGGGAAGGUCUCCUGCUUUAACAACUUCAGCCUGUCAGCGGCCGCCCCCGCCCCGUGGCCUGCUCACUCCCGCCUGGACCCCGUGGGCUUCGGCCGGCACGUGGUGGUCACCGUCACCCGCUUCCUCUGCGGCUUCCUGGUCCCCGUGCUCGUCAUCACGGCCUGCUACUUUACCGUCGUCUGCAAGCUGCGGCGCAGCCGCCUGGCCAAGACCAAGAAGCCCUUCAAGAUCAUCGUGACCAUCAUCACCACCUUCUUCCUGUGCUGGUGCCCCUACCACACGCUCUACCUGCUGGAGCUCCACCACGCCGCCGUGCCCGGCUCCGUCUUCAGCCUGGGUCUGCCCCUGGCCACCGCCGUUGCCAUCACCAACAGCUGCAUGAACCCCAUUCUGUACGUCUUCAUGGGCCAGGACUUCAAGAAGUUCAAGGUGGCCCUCUUCUCCCGCCUGGUCAACGCUCUGAGCGAGGACACGGGCCACUCCUCCUACCCCAGCCACAGGAGCUUUACCAAGAUGUCGUCGAUGAACGAGAGGGAGACCAGCAUGCUUUGAGGCUCGUCCGGGAACCCGGAUGGACAGACACCCCGGCCUUGGAGGCCCCGAGCUCUGCCCUCUCGAGACCAUGGCAGAAACCUCUUCGGGACCCACCGACGCCCGCUGUAGUCUGCAGGGGGCUGACCCGUGCUUUGAGCUGGGAGUCCAGGGCUUGGAACUCCUUUCCUCGAGUGGCCUGUGGACAGGGCGUGCCAUGUCCUCUGAACCUUGGACUCUCUGUGAGUCCCCCCUCCCCAACGGUAACUCACCCAGUGACGUGCAGCUAGGCGGAAGCAGAGUCCAGAUGUGAUCCCAGCUCUGUCUGGCUCUAGAAUGUCUGUUUUUUUAAUGGCGAAUGUAUCUCUUGAGAA